UACAAAUGCGAAUCUUAAUAUCCGCGAACAACCAUCUUUAAAUGCCAAGAUUCUUCGUGUUGCUCCUAAAGGUUCUAAUGUCGAUGUUAUUUGUCAAACUACUGGCGACACUGUUGACGGUAAAAACAUUUGGGACAAAUUAGAAGAUGGCACCUUUUGUUUUGAUGCUUACGUAGAUGGUGCUGCUG